AUGGCUAAAUUUUAUGAGCCAUAUUCGACUUGUCCGAUAACUCAGCCUGUGACAAACAUAAUAGCACAGUCCUUAUCCAUUCCAUUUGGAACUUUUCAGCAGAUCCCAUUGGUUGGCACUUCUCAGAAUCAAAACGGGCCUGACUCUCAUGGAUCCACAUCCAAACUACCUAAAGCCAAGUUAUUAUUUUCGGAGUUUGAUGAAAUAAAUCCUAGGAGUUGGUUGAGAAGAUGUCAAAAGUUUUUUGAUUUAUACCAAGUGAGGGAUGAUGAAAAAAUUGAUUAUGUGGCUAUUCAAUUAAAGGAUUUUGCGGACCAUUGGUUUGAUGGGUAUUUAGCUGAUCAUGAUGGUACUGUAUCUUGGGCCCAAUUUUGUUACGAUAUAUGUGAACGUUUUGGUGAUAAUGAUCCGGUGGAGAUUGUUAAAGAAUUCAAUCAUCUUGAACAAACCACUGAUUUUGCUCGGCCCAGAACUUUAUUGGCAGCUUACAAGUGUGCUAAGUUGCAUGAGAGAUCCUUCAAUGCAUUUUAUAAGCAAAUGGAUAAACAAUGGUCGGCUAAAUCCCAUCACAGAAACUCUCAGUCCAGCUAUAAGCCCAUAUUACCCAAGCCCACUCUAACCAAGAACCCACCUGUUGUGAACACCCGUAAUCCAAAUUCAAUGAAUAUGACUCUAGAAAUGUUGAAGGAGAGGAAUCUAUGCUAUAAAUGCCAUGGCACCUAUUUCCCUGGACAUGUUUGUAAAAAUAAAACUCUUAAUGCUAUGGAAGCUGAGGAGUUUGUUGAUCCAGUAGAUGGAUUGGAGGAACAAGAGGGAGGGGUUGUGGCGGAACUAGGCCAGGAACAAGCUAAAGUAACCUUAAAUGCUAUAAUGGGUCGGAGCAAGGCCCCUUCAACAAUUAGAAUCACUGGAUGGGUCAAGGGACAAAAUGUUGUGGUAUUGUUGGAUAGUGGGUCAACCCAUAGUUUCGUAGAUCCCAUGAUAGUGAAGUCCAGUUCAGGUGGGGUAGAAGAAUUGGGCAGACCCAUGAAGGUUAAAGUGGCCAAUGGCCAAUACCUCAAAUGCAAGCAUGUGUGCAGGAAAUUCGAAUUGAAAAUGCAAGACAAGAAAUUCAUCUUUGACAUUGAAUUGCUGAAAGUAGGGGGUUGUGACAUUGUUCUGGGAAUGGAUUGGGUCGAUACUGUUGCACCAAUAGUGUUGCACACAAAGCCAUUGAGUGUCUCGUUCAUUUACAAGUCAGAAAUAAUUACACUAAGGGGUUGUCCAGAUGAUGGGAAAGUUUCUAAGGUGGAUACUAAAGUCAUUUCCAAAUUACUCGGCAAAGGACAAUGUAACUUUGCGGCUCAAAUGUUCUUGAUGAACUUAACAGAAAAUGAUCAGGUGAUUCCCCAAGCAGUGAGCAAGUUGUUGGGCCACUUAGAGGGCUUGUUCCAAGAGCCCAAAAGUUUGCCUCCUAGUCGUGAUUGUGACCAUGCCAUAAAGCUGGUUCCAGGAGCUGAGCCCAUAAAUUUGAGGCCUUAUCGAUAUUCGUUUGAGCAGAAGAAUGCCAUUGAAGAGAUCGUAGCGGAAAUGUUGAAGGCCCAAACAGUUGCCAGAAGUGUUUCACCAUUUGCUUCACCUAUCCUUUUGGUUAAAAAGAAAGAUUCUAGUUGGCGUAUGUGCAUGGAUUAUCGCAAGUUGAAUGAGGCCACUGUUAAAAAUAAAUAUCCCAUACCAGUUGUUGAAGAAUUAUUUGAUGAGCAACAUGGAUCAAGAAUUUACACUAAGUUAGAUUUAAGGUCCGGUUAUCAUCAAAUUCGUAUGAAGAAAGGGGAUGAAUACAAAACAGCUUUUCGCACACAUCAUGGGCUAUGGGAAUUUAAAGUCAUGCCGUUUGGGUUGACGAAUGCCCCAGCCACCUUUCAAGCACUUAUGAACCAGAUCUUUGGCCUUAUUUGA